UGCUAGUAACUCAGAAACAUUCAUUUUGAUGAGGGAAAAACACGGAUUUUUCACCAAAAGUGUUGACAACGCGAGAGAAACUUCCAAACGAGCAUUUCGAAUUUCAUGCGCAAUCGUAGCUUGCGCCUCCUUCUUUGGUUUGCACCGCUGAUCCCAAAUCACGCACUCAGUCCAAACAAAAUGGCGUCGCGUUCUUCUCAAGUCACAACUCAACCAAGGCUCCAUGGCGCCUGCAUUCUCCCCGGACAUAUACUUGUCAACGAAAGAUUCCAUGGUAGUGAGAUCGUCAAAACGCUCCAAGAAAGCCAUGUUACUGUUCAAAUUGAUGACUGCAUGGGAAUAAUAGACUUCAACCCAUCAUCAGAUGUUGGAGUAUUGUAUCUCACUGAAGCAGAUCUAGUGGGUGGAUACAAUUACAAAGGGAAGCUGCUCAAAUUUGCCAAGGCAACAUUUAGAAGAGUUAUAUUGGCUGAAAAGACAUCCCUUAGUUCCCAAUACUUCUAUGAUUUGCAGAAGUUUGUUGUAAUUGAGAGGGGACUGGUACUUCUUCCGGUAGCAUCACCUGUGGAAGCUGGCAAAAUCUUAGCUCAAAUGGUCUUGUUGGAGAGCAAGCCCCAAAGUAACCCUUACCGCAUCAAAAUGAAACCACAACCUACAGACCAAGCUGUUCUCACAACUCUACAGACUGUGCCAGGAUUAGGACAGAAAAAAGCAAUGGCUCUGUUAUCCAAGUUUAAUAGUAUUGAACAAAUCAGUAAGGCUUCAGUUGCUUCUCUGGCUACUGUGGUGGGAAAUGCCAAUGCACAGCAACUAAAGGACUUCUUUCAACUUCAGCUACAUGGAAACAACAGAAGAAGUAGUGUAGGAGUGUGAAUCUGGAAGGGUAGUGAAGAUGUAUAGAUUAAAUUAUAAAACAACAAAUUGCCAUUUCUGUUCUUCUUUAUUAAGCAGUAUUAAAAACUAAUCAAAUAAUGCAACAUUUAAGACAUGGGCUAAACUGGAUAUGCAAAAAGUGGAGCACUUUGAUUACUUCUGAAUGGUGGAUAACCCUGAUUAACUCUUUGUUCCUCUUCAGGUUUGCAACCUGAUUGUAAUUUAAACUCUAUGCAAAAAUUAUAUAGUAAAAAGGUCAAUUCAUUCAGAGGUGAUCUAUUCACUCCUGUACCCUACAUGGGUACAUUGGUUCAUGCAGUGAAAUUUAGAUUACAAAAUACACGGCGCAAUAAAGACUAGACUACAAGUAGUACCUCUUUCCCUUGGUUUGUCAUGCAUGACAUGAAAGAAAACUGCGCGAAAAAAUGGCCAUGUGAAAUCCUGGGGGCAAGAAGUGCGUCUCACCCCUAGGAUUUCGCGUGGCCAUUUUUUUCUUGCAGCUUUCUUUCGCAUCACACAUAACAGCCUAAGAGAAAGAGGGACUACUUGUACUCUAAAUAAAGACAUGUUUAUAAUGUUGGCAGACCUCACCAAGGAUGCUGAUGUCUUCUGUAAAAGAAUAUAUAAAUGAUGAAACUGUUUUGGAAACAAUGUCAAGUUUGAAAAAUAUGUAGCUGUACACAGCAACUAAGUGAAAUUAAAGUUUACAAAUGA